UCCAUUUGAUUUUUUAUUUUUUAUUACAUAAUCACUCUCUUUCUCUUUAAUCACUCGACGACGAAAUUUCUCACAAAGUCUACUCAAUUGCCCACCCAACAACUUUCUUCCUCCAGUCAAUCUCUCUCCUACCCAGUUUCCAUUUCAUUGAUUUCUCUUCAACUCACAAAAGAUCUGCAAUUUUAGUCAACGGGUUGUCAAUUUUACUUCGAUUUUUUCUGAAUGAAAACACAAAUUUAUACUCAGCUUCUGUAUUGAAUUUGAUCGUUCCGGGUUAAUUCAUAGUCAUGCAGUCUGGAUUUGAUAUAAAAGAACUACUACAAGCAGCUCAGACACGUUGGCUAAAACCUGCGGAAGUGCUGUUCAUUUUACAGAAUCAUGAAAACUACAAGAUAACUGAGGAAGCUCCUCAAAAGCCAUCUAGUGGUUCUUUAUUUCUUUUCAACAAGAGGGUUCUUAGGUUUUUUCGGAAAGAUGGCCAUAAUUGGCGAAAGAAGAAGGAUGGCAGAACUGUUGGGGAAGCACAUGAGCGUCUCAAGGUUGGAAAUUCUGAAGCUUUAAAUUGCUACUAUGCACAUGGGGAGGAUAAUCCGAAAUUUCAACGGCGAAGUUAUUGGAUGUUGGACCGGGAGUAUGAGCACAUUGUUCUUGUUCAUUACAGAGAGAUCACAGAGGGGAAGCUUAGUUCUGGAUCUGUCGCAGACUUGUCACCGGGAACAUCUUCGACAUACCAGAGCCCCAGCGCAUACACUAUGCAAAACCCAGGAUCGUCUUGUUUGAGUGACUUUCAUGGAUCAUACCAGAGUCACGCGAGCCCUGGAUCCAUAGAAGUCAGUUCAGAUGCAGCUGCGAGGAAAGGACUUGACUACUUAAACGGGUCAAACAUAACUGAAGAUAUGAGUAUGUUGCCUGAGAUUGAGGUUAGCCAGGCUCUACGAAGACUAGAGGUGCAACUGAGCUUGGAUGAUGACAUCCUCAAAGAUUAUACUCCAGCUGAUGAUCUAGGUGGGGAUGCAGACAUAUAUAAAACGCUGGAUGAUCAAUAUGACAGUAAGUAUGCUGGAUUGUCGUCUAAUUCAAAUGGCUUAUCACAAUACGACUCAGGUGGCAAUGAAGUGCAUCACCAUGUUACUCCUGGCAUGGCACAAAGUAUUGAAAGUAAUGAUUCUUUAUACUGGAAUGAUGUCUUUGAUACGUCCAAGAAUUCCCUUAAUCCGAAGGCAGAAGGGGAGAAAUCAUACAUUGUAAUUGCAAAUGGAAAUGAAUCAUCUUCCUCUGCGAGGCCAAAUGAGCAGGAAAGCCAUCAACCUCAAGAUUAUGAGGCAUAUAUUGCUCACAAAUGGACUGAAGCUGCCAAGGAUACGGAUAUCCUAGCUUAUUCCUCUUCAAUAUAUUCCUCCACCCCAAAGUUAUCCACCAUGUUGCUUGAUCCAAAUCUCGGAUUAUCUCUUGACUCUGAUGUAGGCUUGACAUUAGCAAAGGAGCAGAGAUUUACCAUUCGAGAGAUAUCUCCAGAAUGGGGAUUUACUGAUGAUUCUACUAAGGUCAUUAUUAUUGGGUCUUAUCUCUGUGAUCCGUCAGAAUCUGAAUGGCUUUGCAUGUUUGGUGAUGUUGAAGUUCCACUACAAAUUGUCCAGAAUGGUGUCCUUAGUUGCCAGGCUCCUCCACAUUCAUCAGGAAAGGUGACCCUCUGCAUCACUUCUGGGAAUCGAGAGUCCUGCAGUGAGAUUAGAGGAUUUGAGUACCGUGAUAAGCUUACUACUUGUGUACAUUGCAAUAAACAUGAAGGAGAAACAACUAGAAGUACAGAUGAGAUGUUGUUACUCGUCCGAUUGGUGCAGAUGAUUCUCUCAAAUCCAUCUGCCCAACACGGAGAAAACAAUGAAUUGGGAUUUGAUAAACAAAAGAUUGAUGGUGAUAUGUGGAAUCAAAUCAUCGAAGGUCUCCUGGUCGAUGGUGCUUCUUCAAGUGACACCCUUGAUUGGGUGUUGCAACAACUUCUGAAGGACAAAUUGCAGCAAUGGCUUUCCUCCAGGUCCAUGGAAGGAAGGGAAUGCGGUGACUGUUUCUUGUCAAGAAAGGAACAAGGAGUAAUUCAUAUGAUUGCUGGGUUGGGAUAUGAGUGGGCUUUGAACCCAGUUUUGGGAUGUGGAGUUGGCAUAAAUUUUCGUGAUAUCAAUGGUUGGACUGCCCUACACUGGGCUGCUAGAUUUGGAAGGGAAAAAAUGGUUGCUGCUCUUGUUGCUUUGGGAGCAUCGGCUGUGGCAUUGACUGAUCCAAGUACACAUGAUCCAACUGGUAGAAAUGCUGCAUACAUUGCUGCGGCAAGUGGGCACAAGGGACUUGCUGGUUAUUUAUCAGAAUUGGCGCUAACUAGCCAUCUCUCGUCCCUCAAACUGGAAGAAAGUGAACUCUCCAAAGGCUCUGCUGAUGUUGAGGCUGAAUUAACUAUUAAUAACCUUUCAGAGGACAACAUUAACUCAACUGAUCAGGAUCAACUUUCACUAAAACACACCUUGGCAGCAGUUAGGAAUGCUGCUCAGGCUGCUGCACGCAUCCAAGCAGCUUUUCGUGCCCAUUCCUUCAAAAAAAGGCAACAUAGGCCUAGCUCGGAAGUUGCUUCUGAUCUAGAUGAGUAUGGUUUCACUAUAAAUGACAUUCAAGGUCUUUCAAAAUUGGCAUUUCACAAUUUGCAUGACCAUCAAAAAGCUGCAUUAUCUAUUCAGAAGAACUAUCGGGGUUGGAAAGGCCGGAAAGACUUUCUGACUUUGCGCCAAAAAGUUGUGAAGAUACAGGCACAUGUGAGAGGUUAUCAGGUUCGAAAGAAGUACAAGGUUAUAUGUUGGGCAGUUGGUAUUCUAGACAAGGUUAUACUGCGUUGGCGCCGCAAAGGAGUUGGCUUGCGAGGAUUUAGACCUGAGUCAGAUUGUGUUGACGAAGACGAAGAAGAUGAUGACAUUAUUAAGGUAUUCCGGAAAGAAAAGGUCAAUGUUGCUAUUGAUGAGGCUGUCACAAGAGUGCUAUCCAUGGUUGAAUCUCCAGAAGCCCGUCAACAGUAUCUUCGCAUGCUUGGAAGAUCUCAAGAAGCCAUGGCUGAGGUCCAACUCCUAACAAGCUCAGGGGCUUCAGGUUCCCAAGAUGGUGUUUUAAGCAUGGACAAUGAUGAUAUCCUCACCUUCCUUGAAAGUUCUGGUUGAUUCACCUUUGUAGGUACAAGAUUGGUCUAACUCAAGCUAUUAGUUUACUUUGGUCUCGUCAAGGUAUAUAUAUUGAAUAGAUAGCCAUUGUGUUGUGUUGUGUUGUGCGCUGUUUCUAGUCAUCUAGAUAUCAAUUAUAUAUACUAAAUUUUACAGCAACCAAUUUUUAGUAUAUGGGUUAUUACUGUUCAGGAAGUCGGGAUAUUCAUAAGUUGAUGUAAAUGUUUGUAAAUAAUAUGGUAUUGUGGGUCUAAUAAUAUUUAACCAAGUGCAUUCUCAUUCACCUGACAUUGGCUAGUGAACUGAGUUUGCAUGACAGUUUGAAAAAGUGCUGUAACAUGUGCUCCAGAGCUCUCUGUUCAUCUCUAUACCUUGUCGAAUCUGAUCAUGUUGAUUAUCUUACCACAGUAUAAUACAAAGUCUGUUUUAAGACAUUA